AUGCAAACUCCCUUCGCCUUUACAUACAUAUCUUCCAGUAAGAGUACUUCCUAUCUCGAAGCUGAUGAUGUAGAAGAUGAAGAUUCCAUCAUUCUUUCUCUUCGUCCUCCUGGCCAGCAACACGUCUCUAAACAAUACACCAAUAUCCAUCGUCUCUCCCAAAAACGCAGCCACCUUUCUUAUCAUCAUAAUCACCAAGACCCUACUAAUGAGAUUAAUGGUGUAACAGUAGCUCUACAUAUUGGUGCUCCAUCGGCAGAAGGAUCAAGCUCUAGGAAUCUUAACGAAAAUGGUUCCGGUCUAGUUGAAGGGCAGUAUUGGAUUCCUUCACCGGCACAAAUCCUUGUCGGUCCCACACAGUUCUCCUGCUCUGUCUGCAACAAAACAUUUAAUAGAUACAACAACAUGCAGAUGCACAUGUGGGGGCAUGGAUCACAGUAUAGGAAAGGUCCAGAGUCGCUAAGAGGGUCAAAACCAUCUUCUUCAAUGCUGAGGCUCCCCUGCUAUUGUUGUGCCGAGGGUUGCAAGAACAACAUAGAGCACCCAAGAUCGAGACCGCUAAAGGAUUUCAGGACGCUGCAAACCCACUAUAAGCGAAAGCACGGAGCAAAGCCGUUCAGUUGCAGAAAAUGCGGUAAGCCUUUUGCGGUAAGAGGAGACUGGAGGACCCAUGAGAAGAACUGUGGAAAGCUCUGGUUUUGUAUUUGUGGGUCCGAUUUUAAGCACAAGAGGUCCCUUAAAGACCAUGUCCGUGCCUUUGGAGAUGGCCAUGCUCCGCAUACUGUGGGUUUCUAUGAGGUUGAAGUAGAGGAAGAUGAACAUGACGAUGAUGACGACGAUUACCUGGACGAUAUAUGA